AUGGAACAAUUGUUGCAACUCCCCGCGGCUGCUACUCCACCUGGAGUGAGGUCCAACUUCGUCGAUCCGCCCAAACUGGAGGCGACCGGACGCGCCGUCAUUCUGACUUUUUGGAUCCUCUGUUCGGUUGUGCUCCUCGUGCGGAUGUACACCAAGAUCCGGAUCAUUCGCCAGGUGGAUCUGUCAGACUAUUCCAUCCUCGUCGCCUGGUUUGUCGAGGUGUUCGCGCCGGUGCGCAGCGGCCGGUUCUACUGGACAUGCCAUUUCCUGAUCGCGGUUAACUUUAUUUUCUACUUAAUUGGCUUCUUUCUUGAGCUGUUCCCCUGCCGACCGCGCGAGAAGUUCUGGAAGCCCUGGUUAUCGGGCAGCUGUCUGAAUAUAAUACUGCAGGACGUCGUCGCCGGCUCCAUUAACUCGGCCUCGGACAUUGUCAUUCUCGUGCUGCCACAGUUGCGUAUAUGGUCGCUCCACAUGCCGCUGGGCCGGAAGAUCGCCGUGUCGGCUAUUUUUCUAGUGGGAGCAAUGGCAUGUGCCGCCUCCAUCGUCCGUCUUGCCUACACCGUCGUUCUGUACCAUACCGACAACGUCUCCUACUACAGCUUCCUAGCAGGUCUGUGGACCAUCCCCGAGCUGUCCAUGGGCAUCAUGGUUGCCUGUUUGCCGGUCAUGCCCAGGUUCUUCAAGAGUUUCGAUCCGGAGCAGCGUCUGACGUGUCUGGGCAGCUCUCUGCAGGACUCGCUCUCCGGGGGCACCCGGCAUCGCUCGCAGCACUCCAAAACUGCCUCGAAAACGAGCUAUCCGAAUGGCGGUCCGGGUAAGGGUGAGUCGGAUCGGUAUCCGCUUGUCUCCGUGUCGAGUCGCGGCUCGAACCCGUCGGGAGCCAUCCCUGACCAACGUCCGCUUGAUCGCUUGAACUGCCCGCACCACCGCGUCCAGAUCGUGCGGCCCGGGGAUCUCAUGUCCCACAUGGACGUAGACCUCUCACAGACGGCGACAACACAGCGCGCUCAGCUGCGGUCUAUAGCCAUAGCGCUGAUUGUUUCGCCCCCAGAUAUGAACUGUCGGCACGUCGAUGACCUUGCCAUCCGUGGCCGCCUCCAUGAUACGUCGAUCACCCCGGAUCAGAGCGCGGGGGAGGAAGAGCAAGGGGAUGGUGAUGAUCCAAGAGAUGGAUUGGUCCAUGAUUUCUGUGGACUUACCAGGGGCCCAUGGCUGUUGAUAUUGACCCGUACACCCACUCGUACCUAA